AUGAGUUUCAGUGGUAGAUACAUCUGCCAGUUAGUUACUUUACGACUUUGGAUUGAAUUCCGUCCACACCUGGGGCUGUGGAAUGUUUUUCCUGAUUAUAUGGUGUUAUGGGAAUAUCCCUUAGUUCGUUCUCUUCACCCAUCUCGAACAUUUGUGUUCUUGGAGCGGAGUGGAUUGUGGAAACAUCCGGAGGUGUGGGUGGUGGUGGUGGGCGGGAGGGCGGAGGUGCGGGCGGUGCUCCUCCAUCCCAGCUUCCGUAAUACCCGCCAAGCACUCUACGUCGCCCUCUGCGACCUCACUCUCCGCCAGACAUACUGGGGCCCCACCACCAUAUUUACUCAAGGCCUCGCAAGAGUUAAGAUGGACACACAGGCAGACCAACAUAAAGGGACGUACGUCCCGUCACAGAGUGUGUGGGUGUGGGAGCGUUGCCUCUACUGCCACCAGGGCGACGCCGGCCUCAAACUCCUCCUCCAGACAAACCUCUCCUCCGGCCUCCAGCCACACCAUCCACUCUUCCAUGACCAGCUGGAAGACAUGCGUGGCCACCGGCUGCGUCUGGUGGUGAAGAGUUACUACCCCUUCACGGGGUUCCUGCGCUCCAGCGACCCAGCCAACACCACAGUCACUCCCACUGACUGUCUUGACAUCCGCCUCCUCGACGCUCUGGCCGCUCCCAGAAACUUUACGUAUGAGUUGAGAUCGUCGCCUGACAAUCAGUGGGGUGUUCCGGAUAAGGAGGGCAGAUGGUCAGGGGUGGUGGGCCAGCUGCAGCGCCACCUGGCCGACCAGUCCCUCAUGCUCAUGCCCACCUACAACAGAAGUAGCGCCAUCCAGUACUCCAGACUGUACACUGGGGACCUGGUCAUCAUCAUCUCCCUCAAGCCUCAGCCGCUGCCUCGCUACCUCUCCAUCAUCAAACCCUUCCCAGGAGUGGUGUGGCAGGCGGUCGGGGUGAGCAUUGUGGUGUGGGCGGCGGCGCUGUGGGUAAUGCAGAGGACCUGGACGUGGGUAGUGGGAGGACGAGGCUUCACCCUCGGCUCUGCUCUCUACAUCAGUUGGGCCAUCGUCAUGGAAAACCCUAAAGACAACAUUCCCACGGGCAUGGUGUUUCGGGUGUUGGUAGGGUGGUGGCUGGUGGCGACUCUGGUGAUCAACUCAGCCUACAGAUCAGCUCUGGCGUCAACACUCACCGUGCAGGAACACGCUAUACCCAUCGACACCUUCGACGACCUGUUGAGGCAGCACCGGUGGUCGUGGGGGACCUUCUCCGACAUGCUCAACAGCUCCUACCAUGACUUCUUCGCCAACAACGGUCCAAUAAUGCGUCUCAUAUAUGAUAACACGGAAACACUGUCACUGAAGGAUGGCCUGGAGCGAGUGCUGAAGGGCCACUUUUCAUUCAUCACCUGGAAGAACAUAAUAAAGCCGGUGAUAGCAGAGUUCUACACAGACCACUAUGGCCAACACCCUUUCCACUAUAGCUCCAGCGAGUACACCUACCUGCUCGGCUACAGCUGGGGCUUCAGGUGGGGGGCCCCUUACCGCCAACGUUUCGCCACAAUGAAGCAACGACUGCUGGAGGCGGGUCUGGUGGAACACUGGACAAAAGAGGUCUUGGAAGCAACCAAGGCCAAGGCUAAUGCAGUAGCGAGUCAGCAGCAACAGGAUGCUGCAGAUGACCAGGUGGUCCUCACCGUUGACCACCUUCAAGGCGCCUUCUGCCUAAUGCUGCUUGGAUACGGCUUCGCCAUCAUCAUUUUCCUUGGUGAAGUUGUCCUUCACUGCCGACACAAACGCUCCCUAAACCUCCUCACUCCACUUGCUGCAUCUGACGCUCGCCGUGACUGACGCCCGCCCUGACUGACGCCCGCCCUGACUGACGCCCGCCCUGACUGACGCCCGCCCUGACUGACGCCCGCCCUGACUGACGCCCGCCCUGACUGACGCCCACCCUGACUGACGCCCACCCUGACUGACGCCCGUCCUGACAGACGCCCGCCCUGACAGACGCCCGC